GCAUUGAAGGUAAAGGUACAAGACCUACUCUUCACUCUACAGCCCUCUAAAUCUCUGUUCUCUAUUUUUUUCUCUCUCUCUCUCUCUCUGAGGUCUAAGCUUUCCAAAUCAGAGUUUGCUCAAACUGGUUUAGUCUCUGCAAUGAGAGAUAUAGCCUCUUGUUUAGGCGAAUACGCCAUAAAAGUAUCUGAUUCUGCUUGUUCGGCCCCUGCGAACCUCGCUUGUCGUCCCUUAAGCUUGAUUCCUUCGAUCCAAAACACAGUCACCUGUCUCUACAAAACCAAGCUUUCCACCCAAAAGCAGCUUCUUAUCACAGUCACCUGGUGCAAGAAUCUCACAGGCCAAGGCCUCAGCAUCAACGUCGGUGAUGACCCAUCUUCAUCUGCUCUGAAAGUCAACACAAAUUCUCGAUUUUUCAGGAAAAUGAAAGGUAAUCGGACAUUUGAAUCCUGCAAUUCGAAGAUUGAAGCCCUUUGGGAUCUCUCUAAUGCCAAGUAUGACUCAGGGCCUGAACCCACCAACGGGUUUUAUGUGGUGGUCGUGGUUGAUUCAAAGGUCGGUCUCUUCCUUGGAGAUAUGAGCGAAGAUGUGGUCGCCAAGAAGCUUAAAAGCGGAAUCCCAAUUGCCCAAUUCUCUCUAGUUUGCCGGAGAGAACACUUUACAGGCAAUACCCUCUAUUCAACUAAGGCUCAAUUCUGUGAUACUGGAAUGGCUCACGACAUUCUGAUCAGUUGCAGCGGUGAAAAUGAGGGAUUGAAGUAUCCAGUUCUGUCCGUUUGCAUCGAUAAGAAGAAAGUGAUUCGGGUGAAGAGGUUGCAGUGGAAUUUCAGAGGGAACGAAACCAUCUUCGUGGAUGGAUUGUUGGUCGAUAUGAUGUGGGAUGUUCAUGACUGGUUCUUCAAUCCUGCAUCUGGGUAUGCUGUUUUCAUGUUUAGGACAAGAAGUGGAUUGGAAAGCCGCUUGUGGUUGGAGGAGAAAUUGGUACAGAAGGAGCAGGAAAAAGUUGAGUUCUCUUUACUCAUCUAUGCCUGUAAGAACCCAUAAACAAAUUUUUACUCUUCCUGAUUCAAUUUUUCUUCUUUGUUUUUUUUUUUUU